CUGAAUAAUUGAUAACGUGUCUGGUGGUCGGUAUAAAUAGCUCGGGUGCAGGGCGUAGAGGUCGCCGCGGCACGCAGGAGUGGUGGCGAAGAACCGCGUUUUCAAGCGAGAUGGCCAAAAUCAGCCCUUCUGAAUUGCUGCGAAGCAUCCAGAGAUUAAAGCGUUGAUGAAGCCAGACUACAACUUGAUCUGGGUGGUUGUGCUGAUGGUUCUUGCACAGUUGACUGCCUUUUACCUAGUUAAAGACUUGGACUGGAAAUGGGUAAUCUUCUGGGCAUAUGUUUUUGGAAGCUGUAUUAGCCACUCCAUGACUCUGGCGAUUCACGAGAUCUCCCACAACAGUGCCUUUGGCAACAGCAAAGCAAUGUGGAAUCGAUGGUUUGGGAUAUUUGCCAACCUCCCUCUUGGCCUCCCAUACUCCAUAUCCUUCAAGAGAUACCACAUGGAUCAUCAUCGUUAUUUGGGAGGUGAUGGAAUUGAUGUGGACAUUCCUACCAACUUUGAAGGCUGGUUUUUCUGCACCCGUUUUAGGAAGUUCAUAUGGAUUGUUCUUCAGCCAUUUUUCUAUGCGAUUAGACCUCUCUGCAUCAAUCCCAAACCUAUUACUCGACUUGAAAUAAUCAAUUUGUUGGCUCAACUUUCCUUUGAUGUCGUGAUAUAUUAUUUAUGGGGAGUUAAAUCCACAUUUUACAUGCUUGCUGGCUCAGUACUUGGACUUGGGUUGCACCCAAUUUCAGGACAUUUCAUAGCUGAACAUUACAUGUUUUUGAAAGGACAUGAGACAUAUUCCUACUAUGGGCCACUUAAUUUGCUCACUUUUAAUGUUGGCUAUCACAAUGAACAUCAUGACUUUCCUAAUAUUCCUGGCAAGAGCCUUCCACUGGUGAAGAAAAUAGCAGCUGAAUACUAUGACAACCUGCCACAAUAUAACUCUUGGGUAAAAGUACUAUAUGACUUCGUGAUGGAUGACACAAUCAGCCCAUAUUCACGUAUGAAAAGGCACUUAAAGGGUGAAGUGAAGCAAGAUUAAACUUCUGGCAACCAAAAGAAGACUUUGAAAUGUCUGCUUGCUUUAAAGUGGCUGGUAUAAGGUCUCUUGCUAAAGCUGUUCACCAGUGUCCUGAAUUAAGAUUUACAGCAACACAGCAAUGCAUCCUUAAGGAUUUUGUAGCAGGCUCCUACCAGCUAUAACAUUCCUCGCAGUCCUCAGAUUUGUUGGUUUAAUGUGUCUGUUUGCCUAAAGAUCAGUGUUAUAUACAUAAUGCUAAAUCACUUUGUUACAGGAUUUACUUUGGCAGGUGUGAAAUCUAUGUAAAAUACCUGCCUGCCUCUUAAAAACAUACUGAGUUCUCAAUGUAGUACGCUGCCCACAAAAUGCUGUUUAGAUGACUGUAGUGUUCAAAUGCUGUACUUACCUGUUAAUUCUACCCUAACACGAUUUGUUAAAGUAAACCUCUUGAACCUGUUUCCUAACUUAUGGGUGGAUGAACUAAAUUUGCACAGAAAUUUUAAGUCUUUUUCCGUUUAAAUACGUAACAUGUCAUUUGAAGCAUUGGUUUAAAGUUCUGUGUUUUCUAAGGAGCAGUAUGUCAGAAUGAACCUGGUAUCUCUGAAAUGGCUUGUGUGGCUUCCUUGUGAAAAGGUGGGGAAUUCAAGGGUAUUACCAACUUUGUGGGUCACCACCUACUGUUUAAGCUGCUUGUGUUGGCAUAUAGCUUGAGCAGCCAGCAUUCAGUGUUGUGUUGUUUAAGCUGUUAGGUAGCUUAAUGUAACUGAGAAGGUUUUUCCUUUUUCAUAAUGGAAAAGGUCUUGUUACAGUUUGGGGUUUUUUUGUGUUCAAAGAAAAAAGUUUAGGUUCGUCUUAAUUGUCUGUGCUAUUGCCAUGGUUUUAAAUGCUCAAUCUACAAAUUUUUACACUCAUUUGGAAAUUCAGCUUGUAGGGAAAACUGAAGCAAUUGAAACAGGUACUGUCUGGCAAAUGAUUAAGUGUAUUAGUUGUGUGUACAUAAAAAGGUGUUGCUAAAUGA